AUGGCCCAGACCAGGCUGGCCUCGAAGGAUGUGUCUACUUUCCUGGGCUUCUUCUGCCGGCUGAGGUUUGAAGAGCUGGGGACGGUGGCCGCCUUGGAUGGCGCUAUUUGCUCACUUGCCCUGCAUCUGAUGGGUAAAGAGCUGGCAGAUGAUAACCUCGUUGCUCGGAGUAGGACUGUUUAUGGAUGGUCUCUGGGUGCUCUUCAGGCGGCCUUGAGGCAUCCUGUAAAAUGGAAGUCAUCUGAGACCUUCUCUUCUGCCGUCAUGCUGUGUUUCUUUGAGCUGUUUGCGGGUACGACUGCUCCAGACACCUGGUUGCGGCACGCCCAAGGAAUCGCUACGCUGAUGGAGCAACGUGGUCCUGCAGCUCAUACGCAGGGCAACGACGCCGCCAUACUGUUUACUUUCCGAGGCAUCCUGAUCAUGAGCUCGCUGUUCUUCCCGACUAGCAGCAAAUGCUUCCUAGCCCGUCCAGAAUGGAGAGGAGCGCUCUGUGGCGACACACGACGGUUUUUGAAUCCGGAUGCACCAGAGUUCUCGAUGCAAGUAACUAAUUCGUUUUUCCUAUGUCUGGCAGAGAUGCCAGAGGUAAUGUGGUGGGGUUAUCCCGUCCGCGAGGCUCUUAUGGCUGGCAGGCAAGUUAGUCCACGGCGUAUAAAGCAAGUUGCCGAACUCGCAGCUAAAACGCGCGAGCGGUUUGUCGAGUGGUAUGAGGAUUUCAAGAAAAUUGGUGUCGAGCUGAAGGAAAUUCCGUCGCAGGACCCGAAUUCGCCGUACCAGGUGAUCCUGGAACAUCCGAUAGGAUGGCUUGGGUCGAUGUACAUGGGAUAUUGGGCCAGCAUGUUAAUUCUGCAAGACCUGCUGGUUAGAUGCCAGUGGCCGGUGGACUACCAAGAGUCCCAAAAGGAGCUCGUGCAUAACAUCCUGCGCUCCAUCGAGUCGGUAGGAAGAGGCACCAUGGGGCCUUUCCGCCUUGGCUACUCGUUAAGAAUAGUGUAUGAGUUUGCCAAUGCGGAAGCACAGCGGUGGAUUAUCACGCUGCUGGACCAGUUCUCCAAGAGAUAUGCGGCCACGAGUAAGGAUACCUAUCCGAGCCCGCGUGUGGACGCGCAAGGAUACUCGUGA